CCUAUUUACUGGCAUGUGACUUAACACGUAAACAGGAAGCUGUCAUGUCUAAGCAGUGUUAUUAGUGAUACGCAAAAUUUGUAUUUCAACGUACAAUUUUGCUACUAGCCAGAGUGCCAGAGCAGCGUAGACAAUUCUGUAAAUAUGUACUCGCCACCCAUAAUUAAAACUACUAUUUUUACAAUCAUCUAACAGCAACAACAUUGUCGUUCAGAAUCAUUUAGAUAAUAAACUAUUAAUAAAAAAAAUAAAAAAUAAUCAUUUAGAUAGAUAAUUUUCAUAACAUAAUUUCUUGCUAAUAUUAAGAAAAGGCAUUUUGUAUUUAUUUAUUUUACUGAUUAACGUAAAACAUUUAUAAGUAAAGGAAUCCAUUUGAUUGAUCUAAAAAUUACAAUUAACAGAAGUUGCUGAACGAUUAAAUAAAUGUCAACUAGUUCUCUUAUUCUUCUGUAAUGUCAAUUGAUGUCACACACACAACGUCGAUUGGGUUGGAUUUGUUGACCAUUGUUACACUUACGCAAAUAGAAAAUGUUUCACAGUUUGUCUUAGUGAAUAAAUAACUUCUCAAAUUCAAUACUUAUUUGCAUUCAAACCUUCAGACUGUUGGAUUUGCUCUGUAUAAUAAAAAAAUCAAUAAAUCAUCAAAUGUUCGCAUAUCAAAAUGUAUUUCCCUAUUGGAUGGCCCAAAGUUCUCAAGAAUGUGGGUGCUGAUAAUCAAAUUAUCAAACAAAUCGUGUCUAACAGAGACAAAAUCCUUUUUGCCUCUCUUAGUGACGAUUGUCUUGUUGUAUGGUAUUGUAAGCCUUCGGUCCCUGUAGUAUACCAUAAAAGGAGCACUGAAUCUAUACAACGAUUGGGUGUUAAUGUUGGUGUAGAAUGGAAACCAGAUUCAUCAAUGAUAUGUAUUUCGACAUCUGAAGGUCAUUUGAUUCUUUACAAUGUUGAAGGCUUGAGUGAACAGACAGCUUAUCAGCAGUAUGACCCGCCCACGGCUAGCCUCAGGAGGGACUCUGCUGAACUAUUUGUCAAGGAAGUGAUACCAUCACUGCAGAUUCAAUUGCUUAAAGAGGUAUUAGUAUGGGACGGGCAAAUUACACGGAUGUGCUGCAUAUCUGGUACAGAGAUCCUAGUGUGUACCACUCGCGCACAUCUUUUACGAUAUCGUUGGGAUGGGACACAAAAUAGGGACUAUUGUCUCGAUUUAGGUCGCAUACCAUUCUCCAUUAACCAACAAGUGUCCAAAGGUAAUUUUCAUAAAAAAGUAUUUCAUGGUAAACUGUACUGCUACAGUUUACUAUUUAAUUAUUGAAUGCUUAGUUUAUUGUAAUCAAUUACCUCUAUAUUUAAUUAACAUAAAUUACAAAUAACAGAAUACUUACUAAAUAAAUACUUUAUAGAAACCAUUAAUGAACCAUCCGUAAUAACCGUAUUUUCAUUUAAUUAUCGUGUAGGAAUAAGAGCAAAGAAAUUAUUUAAUCAUUAUUUUCAGCGGAACCUAUCUUGGAGGAUAAUACGCAUGUCAACGACAUAGAGUAUUCUCCGUUAGUCUGUGGUUUUGGGAUAACACUAAACGAUGGACGCGCGGCUUACCUCACCGCACCAAAUCUUAAAUUUGACCCAAAUGUAAGUCUGACUAAAUUAUAUAAAUAUUCUUCAUACAUUGAAUUGGAACACAUUGAGAAUUUGAACUAUUUCUGUUUUACUAUUUAUUAUUCAGCAUAUUUGACUACGUAUUAUAACAAAUGCAUUAUAACAAAUAAAACAAAUGCAUUAUACGUAUUAUAACAAAUAAAUAAAAAAAAGGAGAUCAGGCAAGAAAUUAAAUUGUUUUUGAUUUAAAAGUUUAUAAAUUUUAAAGAUACUUUGUUAAUUUUUUUAGAAUAAUAAUUUAUUUAAAUUUUUAAAUCUAUUUACAUAAAUAUUUUCCGGUUUAGCCUUGUGAAUGCGCAUUUCAUCAAAAUAUUUCUUUUUUUUC